CACCGGGAUUGGGCACAGGAACCGGGCACCGGGACCGUGCAGUGCGAUCGGGAAUCGUGACUGGGACCGGGAUCGGGAGCCGGGAUCGCCACUGGAAUGGAGCACCGGGACCGGGACCAGCUCUGGGAACGAGGACCAGGAUCGCUCACUGGGAGCGGGAACCGGAGCGGGAUCGGGCACCGUGACAGGGAGCGGGACCCGGCACCGGCGCUGGGACCCGGCACUGAGAUCGAGCAGCGGCACCGGGGCCGGGUGCCGGGGGCGGCGGCGGUACCGAGCCCCGGAACCACACGCCAGGAGCGGCCCCGGCCCGGCCCGGCCCCGCACGGAGCAGCCGCGCUCCCGCCGAGCCCGCCCGGCUCUUCCGGCGGCGCCGGGAGGAGGAGGAGGAGCCGCGCGGGGAAGGUCACCGGGAGCGACACCGGCAGCGGCACCGGGACCAUGCUGCGGCCCAGACCGGCCGCGCUCGUUCCGCUGAUGAGGGCGUCGGGGGGCGGCCACCGGUGCCGGGAGCCCUGGGGCGGGGCGCGGGUCCCGUCGCUCUGCUCCGCGCCGCCCCCGCAGCCGGUGAUCGCCGCCAAGGAGCCGUUCCCGGUGGAGCUGCAGGCGGGGAAGACCUACGGCUGGUGCUCCUGCGGGCACAGCAAGCGCCAGGUCGGGCCGGGGGGCCUGGAGGAACCGGGAGGGUCCGGGAGAAGCGGGGUGCCCGGGAUAAGCGGGGUGUCCGGGAGAACCGGGGGGCCCGGGAGAACCGGGUGAGUCCCGGAGAAUCGGGGG